AUGUCAUCCAAGAGCCAGUCAAGUGUUCUUCAUAAAUUCAAGGGAGUCAUCUUUUCUACCAUGUCUUCAGAAGAACUUCUAAAUUCCCUGGAUUCUUUUGAGGCAAGAGAGGAUGAUGUGUUUCUGGUUUCCUAUCCAAAAUCUGGCACUCACUGGAUUGCAAAAAUCAUUGAGAACAUUCCCAAUGCUAGAAUUACCCUAACACCUCCUAUUGAAUUGGGAGACAUUUCUAAAUUCGAAGAACUAAAAACGUACUGUGAGACGAGAGUUAUUCCAACGCAUUUGAGCUACAGCAUGCUACCAAUGAAUAUUAAACAGAAACAAUGCAAGAUUAUCUACAUCAUUAGGAAUCCAAAAGAUAUAGCUGUUUCAUUCUUCCACUACUACAGGGAUAACCCUAAUCUCCCUAGCAUUGAAACCUGGCAUGAAUUUUUUGAGCUGUUCCUAAAAGGAGAUGUUGUAUAUGGAUCCUGGUUUGAUCACGUUUUAAGCUGGGAAGAACACAAAAAUGCUAAGAACAUUUUAAUUAUAUUCUAUGAGGAGAUGAAGAAAGAUCCUUCUAAAAACAUAAGGAAAAUAGCUACUUUCUUCGGUUUAAACAUGACUGACAGUGAGAUUAAUCAGAUUGUUUGGAAAACAUCAUUCACUGAAAUGAAAAAUAAUACAGCCAAAGAAAACUGUGAUCCAAAUCACACCAUCUGUGCCCUCACUUCUAACAGGAACCUGGUAUUUAGGAAAGGGGCAGUGGGUGAUUGGAUAAACUACUUCACUUCAAAGCAGAAGAGAGUAUUUGAUGAACUAUUCACAGAGAAAAUGAAGCAUAGUGAACUAGCAAAACACUUUGGAGAUUACUCUUAA